AUGGCACCAACGUUAUCAGUGAGAAUCAACUCCAAUGCUGGUCUGAAAUCCGUCGACAUGGAUAGGACCCAUCAUAGUCGAUGCUCCACCGAACUCAGAGGAGUUGACAAGAUCAGCAAGCCGACCUACGAGGCGAGCAAGUGGAGGUUGGAUCAAGUUCAUGAAAGACGCUCCAUGCCAAAGAGUUCGAUGCUGAGACGAGUGGGAAGCCUUGUGAUCGAAGCCUGCAAGUCCAUCUCGAAGAGGGUUAACCCUUUGACUUAUCUCAAGUCUAUCCCUGAAUUGUCAUCAACUUUCGGCCUUUGGAGACCUGCAAAAUCCAAGAAGUCCUUCAUCGAUCGCUCGAUGUUCCCGCAAGUUGCUAGUCAGAUCGAGAGCAUGCUGCCAUCCUGUGAAUUUUACACUCUGGACCUUGAGAUGACUUCGUUGCAGACCUACGACGAAUUCCAAUGGAUGGAGGACCUCGAAGAUCGGUACAUGAAGAUGCGAGAGGUCGCUUCCUCGAACAGCAUCAUAUCUGUAGGGCUGUGCAUCUUUCACAAGGAUGAGAAGAAUGGUGGGUUGAUCGCUAGACCCUACACUUUCUUCGUGUUCCCCUCCUCCAGGUCAAGCUCGAGCCCUCGGGUAACAUUGGACGUCAACACCAUCCACGAGUUUCACAUAGGGCAGUGCCAGCUGGACUUCAACCGAUGGUUCUACGAUGGGAUCCCUUACACCGAUGCCCUUGGAGAGGUCUACGUCCGCUAUGACGUCAUGAGACAGUUCGGAGUGGAGAAGAGCGAGUUCAGACAGUCCAGACCUGUUGCAAUCACAAGAGAGGGAGAUCUUGUUCUGUUGAACAGGCUCAUGGAUGGACUGGAUGCGUGGAUGAAUGGUGUAGGCGAGCAGGCGGGGAAUGAAGAAUACAUGUUUCCCAGUGCGAACUCCUUCAUCAGGCUUGCACUGCAGCAGCAGGUUGCGAUGAAGUACCCGAAGCUGGUUGUGAUGACGAGGAAAGAGCCCUGCAACCCUCUUGUCAUGCGGCUGGUUUGCUCGCGGGGAGAUGAGAGCUGGCGGAAGCGUACGACAGAGAAAGCGCAUCAGAUCCUACAAUCUCGUCUUGGGUUUCGGCACAUUUUCAAUGUGCUGUCAUCAAGCAAGAAGCCCAUGGUGGUACACAACGGGUUGUACGACCUGAUGUUUCUGAUCUCUCAUUUUGAAUGCCGUCUGCCCAACACUCUGAUGGAGUUCAAAAGCAUCGUUCACAGGAGCUUCCCCCAAGUGUACGAUACCAAGUACCUUGCUCACGUGGCUUUCAAACAAGAAGAUGCCCAACUCACCAACCUCUUGGACCUUUACAGGAGAUCUCGGAAUGCCUCAACCGCCUGUAGGGUGUCCCUUCAUAGUGACUUCAAACAUUAUUCCUCCCAGAAGCUGCACGAAAGCGGCUGGGAUGCGUUUGCAACAGGCUGUAUCUUUGGGGACAUGUUCAGGGACGUCUUAUCAGAUGGAGACAAGGCCCGGAAUGUUCUGCACGUGCCAAGAAACUUCAAAUCAGUCUGUGUGGAUCAGGCGCAAGACCGACUCCUGGAUGAGGACAUGACCACCCUGGUUGUCAUCGGUCUCCCCUCCGAAUCGUCGAUCAAGAAUGUUUGUGGCUGGUUUGCCCCCAGCAAGGUUUCUCUCCGUCGGCUGGACGACACCAGCUAUGCUCUCCUUCUCAAGGAGCUCUCGGAAGCCGAUGCCAUGGCGAUAGUGAACCGCCCGGGCCAUGGAGACAACCUCUUCCGGCAAGGAGCUUCUGUGAUGACUCUGAGAGAGGCCUACCAGCUUCCCCUGGAUGGCAGUCGAGGAUCGUCAGCUCGAGGAGAGGCAGGGGCAGAAGGAAACUGGAGGAGACAGGGGCGAGGGAACAGUAAACAGGGAGGAGUAGCUCAUCCGUUGCCAGAGAUCAAAAGCGAAACGGCAGCGUCUGAGGGCCCAUGA